CCAAUCACAGUGAUCACAUGGCACUGAUGAUCACUGUAGCCCCAUCAGUGCCAGCUCUCAGUGCCCAUAUGAGCUGCCUUUCAGUGCCACCCAUCAGUGCCAGUCAGUGCUGCCUAUCAGUGCCCAUCAGUGAUCCCUGUCAGUGCCCAUCAGUGCCACCUACCAGUGCCUCCUCAUCAGUGCCCAUCAGUGAUCCCUGUCAGUGCCCAUCAGUGCCACCUAUCAGUGCCCAUCACUGCAGCCUCAUUAGCGCACAUCAGUGAAAGAGAAAAAUCACUUUACAAAAUUUUUAUA